GGAGGGGGCUGUCUGUCUGGCAGUCUGUCAGCCUGUGAGUGUUGGAGGCUGAGCUCUGCUCACUGAGUGAGUGCUGCUGCUGCGAGUGAGCCUCCCCGGAGUGUGCUGCCUUGUCCUGGAGAGCUGGGCUGCAAUGGGAUCUGCCAUCAACGACUGUAAAACUCUGUAACGUUCCGCCCCAGCACACAAAUCAAAGGUCUGUACUCCGAUUCCUAGUUUUGUAUCCUAUAAUCUGCUUACCGGAGGAGCUGCCUGGAAGACGUCAUGGAACUGGAGAAGUUGGGUGAUCGGGAAGAUUCCCAUAUGUUAAACGGGAGUGUGUCUGAGAGUCUGAACACAGACAGAAUGACCCUGGAUGAAGGGUAUGAACCAGAGGAAGCAUUUGUUCCAGAACAAGAAGAAUUCCUGCCCCACAUACCGAGCCAAAAAACGCACUUCACAGAUUUUGACGGGAAAACCUCAUUUGGCAUGUCUGUGUUUAACCUGAGCAAUGCUAUCAUGGGCAGCGGUAUUCUGGGCCUUGCGUUUGCCAUGGCUAGCACCGGCAUCAUCCUGUUUGUGUUCUUGCUAAUCUCCAUUGCCGUACUGUCCUGCUAUUCCAUCCAUCUCUUGUUGAAGUGCUCGAGUGUGGUAGGUAUUCGCGCCUAUGAGCAGCUCGGACAGAGAGCGUUUGGAUCCGGUGGGAAGAUUCUAGCGGCUCUUAUCAUAACGAUCCACAAUGUGGGAGCAAUGUCCAGCUAUUUGUACAUCAUUAAGUCAGAGUUGCCUCUUGUAAUUCAAACCUUCAUGGGUCUGACAGGCAAUUCAAGCGAUUGGUACAUGAAUGGGAACAACCUCAUCAUUAUAGUCACUAUCAUCGUUAUUCUACCUCUUGCACUCAUGAAACACUUGGGGUAUCUGGGUUAUACCAGUGGCUUCUCACUGACUUGCAUGGUAUUCUUUCUGUGUUCGGUGAUCUACAAGAAGACUGUUAUUCCAUGCCCACUGAAUGCCACUGAGAUUGUGAACAAUACCAGCCAGUCAGUGGACGAAGACCAUGAGGACAUGUGUACUGCCAAGUUAUUCACAGUUAACACACAGACUGCAUAUUCAAUUCCGAUCGUGGCUUUUGCCUUUGUGUGUCACCCUGAGGUCCUGCCCAUUUACACUGAGCUUCGCAGGGCUACGAAAUCUCGGAUGCAGAAUGUGGCCAACGUGUCUAUAUUUGCCAUGUUCAUAAUGUACCUACUGACGGCUGUGUUUGGGUAUCUGACUUUCUAUGGUAACGUUGAGUCGGAGAUGUUACACACCUAUAUGAAGGUUGAUCCCAUGGAUAAACUGGUGCUGUGUGUACGCCUGGCAGUGCUGGUUGCAGUCACUCUCACUGUUCCGGUUGUGCUUUUCCCAAUACGAAGAGCAGUUCAGCAACUGCUGUGCCCCGGGCAGGAUUUCCGAUGGUGGCGUCACAUCCUUAUUGCCGUGGUUCUGCUGACAGCCGUCAAUAUUCUGGUCAUCUGUGUUUCAAACAUCAAGGAUAUAUUUGGCGUCAUUGGGGCCACAUCAGCUCCUAGUCUCAUCUUCAUCCUGCCUAGUAUAUUCUACAUCCGUAUUGUUCCCAAUGAGAAGGAGCCACUGUCAUCACGUCCAAAGAUCCAGGCUGCCCUGUUUGCGUCUCUUGGUUUUGUCUUCAUGAUAAUGAGCCUGAGUUUCAUCAUUGUGGACUGGGUGACGACGGGGAAGAGCAAUGUCGGAGGGCACUAACCUACCCCUGCCCCCUUUCUCCCCAUGGACACUGACAUUAGGAGAGCACUCCUGGGACCUGUGAUGUCACAAAGAGUAACCAUUGGUUGUGAGACCAGGAGCUGCUCACCGAUGGGGAGGGAGGGGCAGAAAGUCAAAUACAAGCCAUACGUGCCCUCACAUCCCGUCCAUGUGCUGCAGGAAGUUCUCUGGGGGGCGCAAUCAUACUACUGGCUGCUUCCUUGUCACCACAGGGACCACAUGUAGCACUAUGCAAUCAGCCCCCCAUAGCUUUGCUCUCUGUUGGGAAGCCAAGCUUGUCCCCUACCCCCUGUAAGCCAGCGUUUCAUCCAAUCACAGUGUAGCUACCUCACCAGCCCCCACCCCAUGGGAUAAGGGGUUAGGUAACUGCUCUCUACGAGAGGACACUGCAGCAGAUUUACUAGUACCAUGCUGCACUGUAUAGUGAUACCAAGUAUCUGUACACAACAGAAACCGCUUCAUCCUCUAUUGUUCCUGGUAUAAGGAGUGUAAAUCAUGGACUGUUUGUUCUGGGAAGCCCUGUCCGUGAGGACCGCUGGGUAACUAACUUCUUGCUGAACAGCAGAACUGACUGUUACAGGUCCAUGGUCAUACUCGACAGCUGUAUAGUGCAGCUGGUUCCCUGCUUUGGGGAGCCACGUUCCAUCUCUAUGAUCACUGUGAAAAGUCGGAUCUCCACACGUUGGGAACUCAUUGCGCCCCCUCCUGGGUUACACACUCCAAUGCAGUGUGGAGGGAGAAAUAUACUGUAUGAAGCCUGGCUCAGCAAUACAUAUUGUAAGCCAGGCAGGAAAAGAUUAAUAAAUUCUGUCAUUUUAA